AUGAACUGGAAGGUUCUUGACCACGUGCCUGUAUUGCUGUAUAUCUUGGCAGCAAAAACAUUAAUACUCUGCCUGACAUUUGCUGGAGUCAAAUUAUACCAAAAGAGAAGAUUAGACGCCAAAAUACAAAGACUGGAGGCUGAAAAGAAGCAAUCGGAGAAGAAAGAGAACUAA